UCCCAGCGGCCCCUGCUUCUCCUCCACCCAGACACAUCCCUUACCCGCCAGCCAUGGCCCCACUGGCCCUGCGCCUCCUCGUCCUCUUCCCCACCCUCCUCAGCCUGGUGGCCUCCUUGGACUGGAAGGCCGCCCCCAACCCAGACCCCUUCGCCAAGUGCAUGCACGACCCCGACUAUGAGCAGCUGCUCAAAGUGGUGACCUUGGGCCUCAACCGGACGCUGAAGCCCCAAAAAGUGAUUGUGGUCGGCGCGGGCGUGGCCGGCCUGGUGGCCGCCAAGGUGCUCAGCGAUGCUGGACACAAGGUCACCAUCCUGGAGGCAGAUAACAGGAUCGGGGGCCGCAUCUUCACCUUCCGGGACCGGAAGACGGGCUGGAUCGGGGAGCUGGGAGCCAUGCGCAUGCCCAGCUCUCACAGGAUCCUGCACGAGCUCUGUAAGAGCCUGGGGCUCAACCUGACCAAGUUCACCCAGUACGACGAGAACACCUGGACGGAGGUGAGCGAGGUGAAGCUGCGCAACUACGUGGUGGAGAAGAUGCCCGAGAAGCUGGGCUACAGCCUGCGCCCCCGGGAGCGGGGCCACGCGCCCGAGGAGAUCUACCAGAUGGCCCUCAACAAGGCCGUUAAGGAUCUCAAAGACAUGGGCUGCAAGAAGGCCAUGAAGAAGUUUGAGAGGCACACGCUGCUGGAAUACCUCCUCGGGGAGGGCAACCUGAGCCAGCCGGCCGUGCGGCUGCUGGGCGACGUGCUGUCCAAGGACGGCUUCUUCUACCUGAGCUUCGCCGAGGCCUUGCGGGCCCACAGCUGCCUCAGCGACCGGCUCCGGUACAGCCGCAUCGUGGGCGGCUGGGACCUGCUGCCGCGCGCGCUGCUCAGCUCGCUGUCGGGGCCCGUGCUGCUGAACGCGCCGGUCGUGGGCAUGACGCAGGGCCCGCACGACGUGCGCGUGCACAUCGCCGCCUCGCGCCGCGUGCACAACCUCAAGGCGCUGACGGCCGACGUGGUGCUGGUGACGGCCAGCGGCCCGGCCCUGCAGCGCAUCACCUUCUCGCCGCCGCUGUCGCGCAAGCGGCAGGAGGCGCUGCGCGGGCUGCACUACGUGCCGGCCACCAAAGUGUUCCUGAGCUUCCGCCGGCCCUUCUGGCACGACGAGCACAUCGAGGGCGGCCACUCGAGCACCGACCGGCCCUCGCGCGUCAUCUACUACCCGCCGCCCGGCGAGGGCGCGCUGCUGCUGGCCUCCUACACGUGGUCGGACGCGGCGGCGCCCUUCGCCGGCCUGAGCCUGCAGCAGUCGCUGCGCGUGGCGCUGGACGACGUGGCGGCGCUGCACGGGCCGCUCGUGUACCGCCUGUGGGACGGCAGCGGCGUGGUCAAGCGCUGGGCGGAGGACCCGCACAGCCAGGGCGGCUUCGUGGUGCAGCCGCCGCAGCUCUGGCAGGCCGACCCGGACAGCGGGCCCGAGUACGACUGGGCCGUCCCCUACGGCCGCAUCUACUUCGCGGGCGAGCACACGGCCCUCCCGCACGGCUGGGUGGAGACGGCGGUCAAGUCCGCGCUGCGGGCCGCCAUGAGAAUCAACAACCGCGAGCGUCACGUGCACGCCUCGGCCAACCCGGAGGAGCAGAAGCGCGCGCACGCGGCGGCCGGGCCCGUGGAGCCGGAGCACGCGGCGGCCGAGGCCAGCCCGGAGGAGCAGGAGCAGGAGCAGGAGCAG